AUGGUAAACAAUGAAGGGUAUUCGCAUCGGGAUGUGAUGACUGCUAGACUUCUUGUCGAGGCAGUUGAUAGCAGCAAUCAUAUGGAAGAAUAUAGCGUACAAUUUAUUUUCUUCAGAGACACAACUGUUGGGGACGUGCUGCAAGAUGUAGAAGAGAAACUUAACGCAGUGGGGCUACGGCUUUCUGUGCCGCCAUCUCAAUGUGGUCUCACAUUUAAAUGCAAUGAUAUUGAGGUAGCGAAGGGCAGCGUCGGAGGGGCGGCUUACAACAGAGCAUGUAAGGGUGAUGAGAAGGGCGUUACGAUGCUUCGUGGCACCGACCGCAUAUUCGGCUCACCAGCUGUGGAACAUUUUUAUUGCAACAGGAAACGCUUGGGUUGUGAACGAGUUGCACAAUUUAUGGUCGUUCAGAGAAGAUGUGCAACCCUUCCAGCAGGAACGACCGCCUCGCAUUCGCAGGAGCGGAAGGAAUUCACUCAACAAACCCCUACAUGUGAUUUUGGAGGUUCUGGUGGGUUUUCGCGAUACCUUCUUCCAAGGCAACCGCUAGUUGACCUUUCACGCGUAGGAACGGGCCGGUGUGUUGGUGCCACUGUAACUGAUGACCAUAACGCCAGCACCUCUACUGGUUAUGGGAAUUUAGAUACGCUUUCCAAAGUACGACGCAUGGUAGAAGAGGAACGACAACUUGUCUUUUGCUUCGGCCAAGAUCAACGGAGCGUAAAUUUGCAAAUGAAACCGGUGAGACAUUGGUCAUCACUGUUGAAGGAGCCACCUUCCAGAUGUGUGUUGACAAAGGCGGUGGAGGAUGAAAAGGCGGCGUAUGAACGUCUUACUAAACUCAUUAGGGGCUUAACUAUCAGUGAGGCUGCCAAAAAAGCAGCAGAACGCGAUAUGCUGGAAAAAGAAAGUAAGCAACUGAGAGAAAAGAUUUCCAGAGCAAAGGGAUAUAUUGAGAGACGCAAAGUCAUGCAAGAGGAGGUCGAGCGCCUCAGAAAGGUGCUUGAAACCCGUAAAGAAGAAGAAGAAAGACACCUUCAGAGUGAGGUAGAGAAAAAUGAGAGGGAAAUACAACCCCAACAGGGUAUGAAUACAAAACAAUGUUCCCCACCAGUUGCAUCUCCGGCAUCCACAAACGUGGUGAUACCGCAGUCCGUCUCACUGACUGAAAAGCAAACAUUGCUUCAAGUUGUAACACCAGCAUCCGAUUGUGUAAUGAGAGGUUUAAAUGCUGAUCCAACUGCCUUUUCGCUGUCGACUACUCCAACUUGCUUUUUUCUUUCGUGUCAGUCUGCACCCGAUUGCAUCAGUAACAGAGGAAGCAGAGGCCAUGCCAUAUCGCCAUCAAUAUCUGUUGGUGAAUACAAAAUUACCACACCUGCAGAUAUCACUCCCUCAUAA